UCGCUCCGAGGGCGCGGCGAGGCGGAGGGGGCGGGCACCGGGCGGAGCCGGAGCCGGAGUCGCGGUGCCUGGAGGAGAUCGGGCCGCGCGCUGCGAGCACAAAGUAGCGGAGAGGCCGCGCGGCGCGGGCCAGGGCCCGAGCGUAGUCCCCGGACGCAGGAGGCCGGAGCGCAGUCGCGGCCUGAGCGGCGGGAGCGCAUCCGGGACCCGCCGCAGGGACCCCCAGACCGGCCGCUCCCGGGCCAUGCGCGCCGCUCGCUGAGACCCGGGGAGGCCGCGAUGGAGGCGCCAGCGGGAGAGUCAUCGGCGCGGGGCUUCUGCCCCCCGCCUGCUCCCGCGCCCGCCACGGAAAGGAAGAAGAGCCACCGCGCGCCAUCGCCAGCCCGGCCCAAGGACGUGGCCGGCUGGUCUCUGGCCAAGGGCCGCCGCGGCACAGGCCCGGGCGCCGCUGCAGCCUGUGGCGCCGCGUCCUCGGCGAGGCCGGACAAGAAGGGGCGCACGGUGACGCCUGGAGCCCGGGGCUCGGGGCCGCGGGUGGCCGGGGUGCGCACGGGGGUCCGCGCCAAGGGCCGCCCUCGUCCGGGUACCGGGCCGCGCCCGCCGCCGCCGCCGCCCAGCCUCACCGACAGCAGCUCAGAGGUGUCGGACUGCGCGUCGGAGGAGGCGCGCCUGCUGGGCCUGGAGCUGGCGCUGAGCAGCGACGCCGAGUCUGCGGCGGGUGGCCCGGCGGGGACCCGCACCGGGCAGCCGCCCCAACCCGCACCGUCGGGGCAGCAGCCUCCGCGGCCGCCCGCCUCCCCGGAUGAGCCGUCGGGGGCAGCAUCGUCGGUGGGCAGCAGCCGCCUGCCACUCAGCGCCUCGCUCGCCUUCUCCGACCUCACCGAGGAGAUGCUGGACUGCGGGCCCGGCGGCUUGGUGCGGGAGCUGGAAGAGCUGCGUUCCGAGAACGACUAUCUCAAGGAUGAGAUUGAGGAGCUGCGGGCUGAGAUGCUGGAGAUGCGGGAUGUCUACAUGGAGGAAGAUGUGUACCAGCUGCAGGAGCUCCGGCAGCAGCUGGACCAAGCCAGCAAGACCUGUCGCAUCCUGCAGUACCGACUGCGUAAAGCCGAGCGCCGCAGCCUCCGUGCAGCCCAGACAGGCCAGGUGGAUGGUGAGCUCAUCCGUGGUCUGGAGCAGGAUGUCAAGGUUUCUAAGGACAUCUCCAUGCGGCUUCAUAAGGAGCUGGAGGUGGUGGAGAAGAAGCGGAUGAGGCUGGAGGAGGAGAACGAGGGGCUUCGGCAGAGGCUCAUCGAGACGGAGCUGGCCAAGCAGGUGCUACAAACGGAGCUGGAUCGUCCCAGAGAGCAUUCCUUGAAGAAAAGAGGAACCCGAUCUCUGGGGAAGACAGACAAGAAGCCCACUGCACAGGAGGACAGCGCAGACCUAAAAUGCCAGCUGCAUUUUGCAAAGGAGGAGUCAGCCCUCAUGUGCAAGAAGCUCACCAAGCUGGCCAAGGAAAACGACAGCAUGAAGGAGGAGCUGCUCAAGUACCGCUCCUUGUAUGGGGACCUGGACGCAGCCCUGUCCGCGGAGGAGCUGGCGGAUGCUCCGCACUCCCGCGAGACAGAGCUGAAGGUGCACCUGAAGCUGGUGGAGGAGGAGGCCAACUUGCUGAGCCGGCGCAUCGUGGAGCUGGAGGUGGAGAACCGGGGCCUCCGGGCCGAGAUGGACGACAUGAAGGACCACGGGGGUGGCGGGGGCCCUGAGGCCCGGUUGGCCUUCUCUGCUCUGGGUGGUGAAUGCGGGGAGAGCCUGGCUGAGCUGCGGCGCCACCUGCAGUUUGUGGAAGAGGAGGCUGAGCUGCUGCGGCGCUCUUCGGCUGAGCUGGAGGACCAGAACAAGUUGCUGCUGAACGAGCUGGCCAAAUACCGCUCGGAGCACGAGCUGGAUGUGACUCUGUCAGAGGACAGCUGCUCGGUGCUCAGCGAGCCCUCGCAGGAGGAGCUCGCGGCCGCCAAACUGCAGAUCGGCGAGCUCAGCGGCAAGGUCAAGAAGCUGCAGUAUGAGAACCGCGUGCUCCUCUCCAACCUGCAGCGCUGCGACCUGGCCUCUUGCCAGAGCACACGCCCCAUGCUGGAGACAGACGCCGAGGCUGGGGACUCUGCGCAGUGCGUGCCCGCUCCUCUGGGCGAGGCGCUGGAGCCCCACACUGCCCGGCUCUGCAGGGCCCGCGAGGCCGAGGCGCUGCCCGGGCUGCGGGAGCAGGCCGCUCUGGUCAGCAAGGCCAUCGACGUCCUGGUGGCUGAUGCCAAUGGCUUCUCGGUUGGCCUCCGGCUGUGCCUGGACAAUGAGUGUGCAGACUUGCGGUUGCACGAGGCACCUGAUAACAGUGAGGGACCCAGGGAUGCCAAGCUCAUCCAUGCCAUCCUGGUGCGGCUGAGUGUGCUGCAGCAGGAACUGAACACUUUCACACGCAAGGUGGAUGUGGCCUUGGGUAGCUCUGGCAAGGAGCAACCUGAGCCCUUCCCUGCGCUACCCGCCUUGGGCUCCCAGGGGUCCUCUAAGGAGAUCAUGCUGGCCAAAGACCUUGGCUCUGACUUCCAGCCAUCUGACUUCAGAGAUCUGCUGGAAUGGGAGCCUAGGAUCCGAGAGGCCUUCCGUGCUGGUGACUUGGACUCCAAGCCUGACCCUAGUCGGAACUUCAGGCCUUAUCGAGCUGAAGAUAAUGAUUCCUAUGCCUCUGAGAUCAAAGAGCUUCAACUGGUCCUGGCCGAGGCCCACGACAGCCUCCGGGGCUUGCAAGAGCAGCUGUCCCAGGAGCGGCAGCUCCGGAAGGAGGAGGCAGACAGCUUCAACCAGAAAGUGGUCCAGCUAAAAGAAGACCAGCAGAGGGCGCUGCUGAGGCGGGAGUUCGAGCUGCAGAGUCUGAGCCUCCAAAGGAGGCUGGAGCAGAAAUUCUGGAGCCAGGAGAAGAACAUCCUGGUGCAGGAGUCCCAGCAGUUCAAGCACAACUUCCUGCUGCUCUUCAUGAAGCUCAGGUGGUUCCUGAAGCGCUGGCGGCAGGGCAAGGUCCUGCCCCACGAGGAGGAUGAUUUCCUGGAGGUAAACAGCAUGAAGGAACUGUACCUGCUCAUGGAGGAAGAAGAGAUGAACGCCCAACACUCGGAUAACAAGGCCUGCACAGGGGACAGCUGGACCCAGAACACGCCUAAUGAGUACGUCAAGACCCUGGCUGACAUGAAGGUCACACUGAAGGAGCUGUGCUGGCUGCUGCGGGACGAGCGUCGCGGUCUGACUGAGCUUCAGCAGCAGUUUGCAAAGGCUAAGGCCACAUGGGAGACGGAGCGGGCAGAGCUCAAGGGCCAUGCCUCACAAAUGGAGCUGAAGGCUGGGAAGGGUGCCAGCGAGAGGCCCGGGCCCGACUGGAAGGCUGCGCUGCAGCGGGAGCGGGAAGAACAGCAACACCUCCUGGCGGAGUCCUACAGCGCCGUCAUGGAGCUGACGCGGCAGCUGCAGAUCAGCGAGCGCCACUGGAGCCAGGAGAAGCUGCAGCUGGUGGAGCGGCUGCAGGGCGAGAAGCAGCAGGUGGAGCAGCAGGUGAAGGAGCUGCAGAACCGCCUCAGUCAGCUGCAGAAGGCUGCUGAACCCUGGGUCCUGAAGCACUCAGACUUGGAAAAGCAGGACAACAACUGGAAAGAGACACGAAGUGAGAAGAUCCACGACAAGGAGAAUGUUUCUGAAGCUGAGCUUGGGGGAACCGGCUUAAAGAGGACCAAAUCAGUUUCCUCCAUGUCUGAGUUUGAAAGUUUGCUUGACUGCUCCCCCUACCUUGCUGGUGGAGAUGCCCGGAACAAGAAGCUGCCCAACAGCCCUGCUUUUGCCUUUGUGAGUACUGAGCCGGGGGAGCCUGAGAAAGAUGCCAAGGAAAAGCCUGGGCUUUCCACCCGGGACUGCGGCCGCAUGGGUACCCUGGCUUGCCAGGAGCCUGCAGGGAGGCAGAUGCAGCGCAGCUACACGGCUCCAGACAAGACGGGCAUACGAGUCUACUACAGUCCCCCGGUGGCCCGGCGCCUGGGUGUCCCUGUGGUCCAUGACAAGGAGGGCAAGAUCCUCAUUGAACCAGGCUUCCUCUUCACCACAGCCAAGCCCAAGGAGUCAGCCGAGGCAGAUGGGCUGGCUGAGAGCUCCUAUAGCCGGUGGCUUUGCAACUUCUCCCGGCAGCGACUGGAUGGAGGAUCCGGGGGCAACACCUCGGGUUCCGGGUCUGCUUUCCCUGCAGCCUUGCAUGACUUUGAGAUGUCCGGCAACAUGAGCGAUGACAUGAAGGAGAUCACCAACUGUGUGCGGCAGGCCAUGCGCUCUGGCUCCCUGGAGAGGAAGGUGAAGAGCACAUCCAGCCAGACGGUGGGCCUGGCCAGUGUGGGCACGCAGACCAUUCGGACGGUCAGUGUGGGCCUGCAGACUGACCCACCCCGCAGCAGCCUCCAUAGCAAGAGCUGGUCACCCCGCAGCUCCUCGCUCAUGUCAGUACGCAGCAAGCAGAUCUCCUCUUCCCUGGACAAGGUCCAUUCGCGCAUUGAGCGGCCAUGCUGCUCGCCUAAGUAUGGCUCCCCCAAGCUCCAGAGGCGAUCAGUGUCCAAGCUGGACAGCACCAAGGACCGCAGCUUGUGGAACCUGCACCAAGGCAAGCAGAAUGGCUCGGCCUGGGCCCGCUCCACCACCACACGGGAUAGCCCCGUGCUGAGGAACAUCAACGAUGGGCUGUCCAGCCUCUUCAGCGUGGUGGAGCACUCAGGGAGCACAGAAUCUGUCUGGAAACUGGGCAUGUCUGAGGCCCGAACCAAGCCCGAGCCUCCCAAGUAUGGCAUUGUGCAGGAGUUCUUCCGGAAUGUGUGUGGCCGGGCACCGAGCCCCACUACUGCAGCGGGAGAGGAGAGUUCCAAGAAACCCGAACCUCUUUCCCCUGCCAGCUACCAUCAACCUGAGGGUGUAGCCAGGAUUCUGAAUAAGAAGGCAGCCAAGACAGGCAGUAGUGAAGAGGUCAGACCCACCAUGCUCUCCCAGGUGGGGAAGGAUGGUGUCCUUCGGGAUGGAGAUGGCGCCUUGAUCCUCUCCAGUGAGGAUGCUGUUUGUGACUGUAGUGCCCAGUCCCUCGCCUCCUGCUUCGUCCGGCCAUCCCGCAACACCAUCCGACACUCUCCUUCCAAGUGCAGACUGCACCCUUCAGAGUCGGGCUGGGGCGGGGAGGAGAGGGCAGCCCCGCAGUGAGUCCUAGGGCAGCCAAGCUCCCGCCUCAAGCAGCCCAGACCCUGGAGAUGAGACAAGGGGUCACGUCCUCAGCCUCACUCUGCCCAGGAGGAACAGCAGCUGUACCACUGCCAGAGAAGAGCUUUUCAAGGUAAAGCAGGGUGUCCCGCUGACUGCUGGGAGGUGACCUCUGAUUUCCAGGGGAAGGCAGUGAGCAGGAGAAAGACCAAACCUGGGUAAUCAGGACUCUGAGCCUCAAAAGCACCUGAAGAGCUCCACAAGUCAUCUCUGGAUCCUAAAGGGGGCCUAGUACCACCCACACCACUUCUUAGAAGGAUCUAGAAAAGGAGGGAUUUCUGGUCAGGCUCGAGGAAUGGGGCUCACAGAGAUGGGCCCUACCUAACCACAUGCGGAGAAGCCACCGAGAAGACUGGUUUUUGCUUAGGGCCCAGCUUGCCGCUCCUGAAGAGUGGGUGGGCUGGGUGGUGUCAUCAUCACUUCUUGCUUCCUCCUCCUAGCUCUGCUGAUCCAGUUGCUAGGCCUUCUUGGAACAGGGAAGGGGGAUAUGAUAGAGCAGAAGCCAGGGCCAAGUACACUUGGGAUCCUGGAGCCCUGGAUCCCCCCUCCUGUACCCACAUGUAACAAGAACUGGGAGGCAGCUAGGAGUGUGUAAGGUUCAUAAUUGGAGGCCAGAAGAGCUGGCUCCCUUGUCAAGGUGACUUGAAAGCCCGACUUUCAUAGGAGACUCCGUGAGAACAGAAAUGGGUAGGGUCCAUCUCGACACCUGACGCAGAGGUAAAAGCCUACAUGCCAUGCCUUGAUCCCUAGGGCCUCUUUCUUGGUAGCAGGAAUGGGUGCCAUAAUCCUGCAGCAAGUAGGGGCAGAAAUGCUCCCUGGGAGAGACUCUAUUGGUCAGGCCAGGCCAGAGAAAAGCGCCAAAAGGCCAGUGUCCCAGGACGCAGCCCAAGACAAGGGCCUACAAACAUUUCUUGCCUAGAUUGUUUAUUUGAAUUUUUCAUACUAUAAAUAUUUAAGGUGAUUUACUUUAUUUUAAUAAUUUAACUUACCAGCCCCCCGAAGCCCUUAAGGUAAUUUAUUAGAGGUUUUCUUGCCGCUGGGACAAUGUGGGGCUUAUGACACCAUGGAGUCCCUCACGUAGCUGAGGCAACUCAGCACCAGGCUCAGAUGGCCUGGUUUCAUCGGAAGGGCCCUUGGCAGAGCUGGGGCUCAGCACCUUGGUACCCCAGUGCCGCUGGCCAUUUAGUCUCAGAUCACGACAUUUUACUCAUCGCCUGGUACUUGGCCUGGCCUCUACAGGCCAGACUGUAAAUACUUCAGACAAAGUGUAGGGCAGAAUGAUGUCAUCACUCCCCAGACAUCCUCCGUGAUCCUUCUCAUCCCUCCCGUUCCUCCAACACCUUUUCUCCCGAGUCAAACAUAGAUGACCGUAGCUGCAGCUCUGCUGUGAGCACAGCGACCCUCCACGUUCCCCAUGUGAGACCUCACAGGAAAACAGGAUGGACUUGUAGAAUGUUGUCUACCGCAGCUUUGCACAUGGAUCUGAGAGUGUCUACCAGCCCUUCUCUUAGCCUUAUAGCCACUCACGCUCUCCUUCUAGCCCCAGCUCUACUGCCUGCCCUUCCUGCACCCCUAGGAGUCGCCUGAGCCACACCAGUGUAACUCAGACCACAGUAUCGGGAGCUCACAUGCCUCCCCUUGGUGCCAAUCAACCAAUUUCACUUGUGCACGGGAUGUGCUGCCCUCCUGUUCCUGGCUGGGGACCUGGACUCAUCUAAGGAUGGAUUGGUGUCGUGCAGAGUUCCCCAUCAGAAAGGCAGAGAGCCAGCUGCACAGCGAGUUUCCUCCAGACUAGGGAGAUGCCUCUGCACUCCCACCUACCAGUUUCCAGGCUACCUUUUUGGGGACACCUGGAACAGUUACCCAAAGCCCCACGACCCCAUUCCCUAUGGGCAGUAUACCAGGGUCAGUCCAUCCCACCAGCUGUUGCCUCGUGUCCUAGUGACUUGCAUGGGCAGAGUCAGCAGGCCAGUGGACCUUGGGCCAGGUCCCUCCAGGAUGCUACUGCUCUCCUCCAAGAGGUCAGAGGCCCCUCUAAGGUUAUCUCCAGCUGAGGGGACCACACCAGGCCACAAGCCACCAGAGGCCUUCUGCCACCUCCCAGAGCUGCUGAGAGCCAGGGAGGCUUGAAGAAAAGUCCCCAUAGACCUGAACCCCAGGGCUUAGGGGCCACUCAGCCUUACCAUCGUCUCCCAUCUGGGUUGUUUUGCGUUUCCGCUGUCUCAGCACCUGGCCCCCGUGGCCCCCAGCAGGUGUUGCAAGCUCCAAGUCUUGGUUUUCAGUCCCUGUUUCUAACUCUGGCUUGCCACUGUGCAAGGCCCUUGUCACUGUCCCCGUAGAAGCCCCUGGACAUAGGGCUUGAUGGGGUUGAACAUGUUACAUGUAAAUAUUGGUUUGAUUUGAUCUUUAGCAUUUUCCUUGGUAACUGGUUCUGUUUUCUUUUGGGGGGGGGUGGAAGGGUUGGUAUGUAAAUCUCUCUACUCUUUCGAAAUGUAAUUUCUAAGUGUGUUUGUUUCUUCAAAUGCCUUUUAUGUCUUGGUAACAUUCCCAAAGCAGAAAACUGCCUGGCCUACAUGGGGCACUCCCCGGAGGCCUGGGGUCGUGGGAAGGAGCAUCGCCCUUCCUCCCAAUCCAUCCUCUUUCUGUCCACCUCCGCCUUUCUCCUCCUUUUCCUUCAGCCCUCUACCUCCUUUUCCCCAUCUCUCUUUCUCUCUUAGCCAAUGUCCCAAGGAACCCUGGGGUCCCCUCCUCUAACAGAUUGCCUGGCUUGAACCCAUAGGGUUGACACAAAUUGGCGGGCGGCAUGAGGGUGAGUUACAUGAUUGAAACUAAACUAGGUCUCACCUCUUCCCAGGGCUAAACCAAACUAGACCAUCUUGGAGGCAAUGGUGAAGGGUUUUGAAAUGAAAUUCAGAGCCCUUGGGACCCCCUGACUGAACAAGGCAUCAGAAUCCAUUUCCUUUGCUCUGUAGCCCUUCCUCCCAGUCCUUAUCCAACCGAGGCGUGUUCUCAAAUCGGGCCCAAUAUCUUGGCCUCUCCAGGGAUAUUCAUCCGCCAGCUGGCCUCCAGGGGACAAGAAUAAGUACUCCAAAGACUUGGCCUUCUGGAUACCAUUAUGCCACUCUAUGAACCUUUCAUGGAUAUAUCCAUCACUCAGCUCACUCAGCUUUGUCUUUUGCCCCAAGACCACCAGGCUCUUCCUCUUCCCCACCCACCCAGAAUGGAUCCAGUUCCAGACUUGACUGUCCACUGGCUCCCUCCUGUAGUAACAGCCAUCCAUCCCUCACACCAUCCUCCCUAGAGUACUUACCUGUUUAGAAGUCACAUCCUCAAACCCCU